UUUUCGUAAUAAGUUUAAUCAAAUAUUUGUGCAAGGGUUUGCCAGUGCCAGCAAAAAAAAAAUAUAAAAUAUUCUGGUGUUCCAUUUUUGUUUUUUCAGAUCAAAAAUCAAAAUCAAAACUAAUCAUUAAAAAAAAAUAAAAUUAUGUAUUGGGAAAAAUUGAUAGAUUAUAGAUUGAAAGUAUUCCGAUCAUCCACCAAAUAUUGGAAAUCCAUGAAUAUUCUUAUCCUGUUCACAGUGAUUCUAGCCUUUUCGGGUCUCGCCACAUCCUCGAAACAGGAAAAAUUUGAUAUGAGUUCGGACGACGCUUGCAAGGAUAAGUACCACGAAAUAGACGGCGCUGAGAUCUUUUACGCUCCCAGUAGCAAGAGGAAGGCUUGCAGAAUGAAAUUCAAAACGGACAAUUACGAUCAAUCGUUCCUGGUUAAAUUCCUCAAUUACGAUAUUCAAGAUUGCGGUACUAGGCUUAGGAUAUUCAACGAAGACGAUCCAUCUAAGGCCAUCGAUUUGACUUGCAAUUCUCCAAUACCGCAACCUACCUUAUUCAAACCCAAUAAAUUGGUGGCGGAGUUAACCGGGAUGGCAAGCGGUCCCGGCAAGGGGUUCAAUGCUGUGCUAACUUCAGCAUCUAAAAGAGCUAUCUGCACCGGAUUCAGAUGCAAAAGUGACCAAAAUUGUAUAGAUGGCGAUUUACGUUGCGAUGGAGUGGCGCAUUGCGUUGACGCUUCCGACGAAAGAGAUUGCUCGGCCCAUUCAACCAAAAAAGCCCUGAAGAUAGGCGCCGGUAUAAUAGCGGCUAUCGUCAUCGGAAUUCUGCUCUGUUGCGCUCUCACAAUAGGGGGGUGCAUUUGGUUCAUGAGACGCCGGAAACAAAAUAUAUAAAUAAUAAAAAUAAUUAUUCUAAUUUUUUUUUAAUUUAAAAAAAAAAUACUAAUUAUUUGUAAUAUUUUUCACUCAACCUCGACUUCACGAAUAUUUUAAUUUUUUAUAAAUCUAA